AUGGCUGGUGGCGCCACUUUGAUACCAAGUGAUGAUAUUGAUGUUGAUUUUUCUAAGGUAGCUGCCCUAGCUCAGCAAGUAGAGGAGAGAAGCUCACUCAUGGGAGCUGAGCAUAUGAGGCUUGCAUGUGCUGAUCUCAUUCAAGCUUGUCGUCAGAUGGAUAAAAGAAAGUAA